GCGCCUGCGCCGUGGGGAGCCGCCGGCGGCGAGGCUCUGGGCCGCCGCAGUCUCGAUCUGAAGGCGGCCGCGGCGGUAGUCUUGAGUAAGAUGAGGUUUCUGCUGCUUCUCCUGGUGGCGGCGUCGGCGGUGGCCCGGAGCGAGGCCUCGGCCAACCUGGGCGGCGUGCCCAGCAAGAGGUUAAAGAUGCAGUACGCUACGGGGCCGCUGCUCAAGUUCCAGAUUUGUGUUUCCUGAGGUUACAGGCGGGUGUUUGAGGAGUACAUGCGGGUUAUUAGUCAGCGGUACCCAGACAUCCGAAUCGAAGGAGAGAAUUACCUCCCUCAACCAAUUAUAGGCUUGAUCAUUGUUGGCAAGGACCCUUUUGCUUUCUUUGGCAUGCAAGCUCCUAGCAUCUGGCAGUGGGGCCAGGAGAAUAAGGUCUAUGCAUGUAUGAUGGUUUUCUUCUUAAGCAACAUGAUUGAGAACCAGUGUAUGUCAACAGGUGCAUUUGAGAUAACUUUAAAUGACGUGCCUGUAUGGUCUAAGCUGGAAUCUGGUCAUCUUCCAUCCAUGCAACAACUUGUUCAAAUUCUUGACAAUGAAAUGAAACUCAACUGUGGUGUGGCAUCUAACAGUGGUGCCGAAACCCGGGAGAUGGUGUGCUCGACAAACCGAGCCCCGUCUCCGCCACCGCUGUCACCAACGACACAUUUUGCCCUUGUCUGUCUUUUUGGGCGCUGGCUCCCUGCACUCACCACUGAUCGGGUUUAG